AUGGGCAAGCGCGCCGAACAAGCCAAGAAGCGGAAACGCCAGAACGUUGCCGCCCCUGUUGCACCGGCAAAGCGGCCGGCUCACGACCUCCCCACUCCGCCCGCCGAAGAGCUCCUACUUCCCGAGGAGAUUGAGUCCGCCGUCGAUGUCCUGCGUACUCUCGCUGCCAACCCAAGCUUGCUGCAGGGCAAGGAUAUGAAGGACCUGAAGCGGGGUGUCUAUGACCUGCACCGCGUCAUGGCCGAGGGCGCCACCCUUGGUGCGAGCUUGACAUCGCGCAUCUCGGCCGCCCUCCGAGACUAUCGAUUCACGGACGCCCUCGUGCUUCUCUUCGAGAUGCACGCGCGGGCUCUGCCUCCCAAGCUCGGCGCGCUCCAGCGUUGGGUCCGCGAAUGUGAUGCGACGUCCAACCCCGAUGGAACUCCAGGCGACCCCGAGGCGCUGCGGUGUCUCGACAUGAUUCUGCGUAUUGCUGGCGACACGGGCCCGGAAGCGCGCGAGCGUGGUGAAGGCGAGGUCUCUCGAGCACUCGUGAAGAGGCCGAGGGUAUGGACCGCCCGCGGACCCGUGGAGGGCGAGAUAAGUCUCUGGCCGCUCAUGCGUUCCGAGACGCUGUUCGACAUCCCCCCGACACUGCCCUACCCCGGCUUCAAGUCUGUCCACUUUGUGCGCGCACACGAGCGCCGUCCGCCAAACCUCUACGAUUCCACUGUCUGGGGUUCCGACGAUGGUGCGAUCCGUCUCACGCCCUCCGCUCAGCGACGCAAGCCGACCAAGCUCGACGUCCCAGGCCUCCCUGGCGCUUUCCUCGUUCUUGACGUGUUCACACCCGACGAGUGUCUGCAGAUUGUGCGCGCCGCCACAGCGCACGGUUGGGAGAAGGACCAGGCCGCUGAGGGAUCUGCGACGCAGAAGACAAGUAUCCUCGCCCGCAAUUUCGUCUGGCUGGCCGAUCACCAGUUCCAUGACCACUUCUACAACCAGAUCAAGGAGUUUGUCCCCCAGCGCGCACCUGACGAGGAGGGGCGGCUCGGACAAGGAGGCCGAGUGCGGGGUAUCAACAGGAGGUUCCGCGUGUACCAGUACACUGAGAACCAGCUUUACAGGCUACAUUACGGAGCAAGUUUAGCUAACCCUCAGCCCCAUAUCGAUGGCGCCUGGCCCGCUGCCGGCCUCUCCCCCACCGGCGAGUACAUGCACGACUCGCAGCCCGCCGACGACCCGCUUUGGUCGCGCUACACCCUCCUCGUCUAUCUGAACGGAGGCAGCGACAUCCCCGAUGAGACUGGGUGCACCACCUUUUUCACACCCAGCCCAGAGGUGGGCGUCAUGGACGCGCACUCCGUCCGCCCCGUUCAGGGAGCAGUGCUUUGUUUCCCGCACGGCGACACGCACGGCUCGCUCCUGCACGAGGGCUCCGCUGUCGGACCUGACGGAGGCAAGCUCGUCAUCCGCACGGAUCUGUUGUACGAGGCUAAGGGGUAUGGGCAGUUCAAGCCGCCCACGGACUAG